CCAGGCGGUCGCACAUUCCACGUGCCAUAGCCGUAACCACAACCUGCCAGCCGUUUAAAGCCAAACUAAAAAACGAACCGAAACUGCCUUCACAAAGUACCUAAACCAAACGUAAAUAGCUGCCAAAAGAAACCAAAACCGCCGUUCCCCGGAAAAGAGAUGAUGGGAUCGCCGGGAUCCCAAGCGUCCGCGAUCGCGACCUCGGUCGGAAUCAGAAGCGGGCGGCGGGGUCAAGCGGGUGUGUCGCUGCUCCUGCGCCUCCUUGCCGUGACCUUCGUCCUCGCCGCCUGCCACGCACCGCUGACCAAUGCCAAGCAAAUCUCAAAUCUUGACGAUGACCAAGAUUUUAUCCUGGCGGAUGAUGUGUCGCUGCAGGGCAUCAACGAUUCCGAGUGGCAGCCCACGGGUGAUGACAUUGACGACGGCCUUCUGGACGACGUCGAUGAGACACUGCAGCCCAUGGAGACCAAGUCCGAGGAGGAGGACUUGCCCACUGGCAACUGGUUCAGCCAGAGUGUCCACCGCGUUCGCCGUUCCAUAAACCGUCUAUUUGGUGCCGAUGACAAUCAGGAGCGGGAACGACGACGACAGCGUGAGCGGUCGCAAAGGACUCGCGAUGCGAUUAACCGGCAAAAAGAACUGCGCCGCAGUCAAAAGAAGAACCGGAACCACUUGAAGCAAAUGCGAAUUGAGCGACAGCUGGAGAAGCAACGCCUGGCCAAACGGGCCAAUCAUGUUGUCUUCAACCCCGCCACCGAACCCCGCAAGCGGGCAUCGGACCUUUACGACGAGAACGAGGCAUCCGGCUAUCACGAGGAGGACACGACUCUCUAUCGUACCUACUUCGUCGUUAACGAACCUUAUACCACCGAAUACAGAGAUCGGGAAAGCGAACAGUUCCAGAACCUGCAAAAAUUCCUGGACAAUGAUCUGCGCAACUUCUUCUACCGCAACUACGAAGGCGAUAACGAUGACGACGAGCAGGAAAUUCGCAGCACUCUGGAGCGCGUUGAACCCACUAAUGAUAACUUCAAAAUUCGCGUGCAACUCAGAAUAGAGCUGCCCAAUUCGGUCAACGACUUCGGCAGCAAGUUGCAGGAGCAACUGAAUGUCUAUAAUCGUAUCGAUCAAUUGGGCGCCGCUACCGAUGGCAUCUUUUCCUUCACUGAAUCUAAUGGGACAGAAGAACCACUUCAACAUUUUAAUGUGGGCUCUGCGGAACAUCCUACGAUUUACUUUAAAGAGCCAGCUACAGGACACGAAGAUUUUGAAACAAAGCCAACCACCGAAGACCAAGAUAUCGAGGAUGAGCCAAUCGAUGUUGCGUUGACCACGGAAGAGGUUGAGGGCUCUGGUAGCGAUGACUCCAGCUGUCGUGGAGACGCCACCUUCACCUGUAUGCGGAGCGGAAAAAUCAUUUGCGAUGAAAUGCGAUGCGAUAGAGAGAUCCAAUGUCCCGAUGGCGAGGACGAAGAGUUCUGCACCUAUCCAAAUGUUUGUACUGAAGAUCAGUUCACGUGCGACGAUACGUGUCUGCAGCUCAGAAGACGUUGCGACGGAGUAAUCGAUUGUCUGGAUCAGACCGACGAGGCUGGCUGCUUUAAUGAGCAGCCUGAACCGGAGCCUGAACCAGAAGCAGAGCCUGAACCAGAGCCUGAACCAGAGCCCGAACCCGAACCUGAACCAGAACCAGAACCUGAACCCCAAGUCCCGGAAGCCAAUGAGUGCCAGGCCAACGAGUUUAGAUGCAAUAAUGGCGAUUGCAUCGAUGCCAGAAAGCGAUGCAACAACGUUUCGGAUUGCAGCGAAGGCGAGGACGAGAACGAGGAGUGCCCCGCUGCCUGCAGUGGAAUGGAGUACCAAUGUCGCGACGGCACACGCUGUAUCAGUGUGAGUCAGCAAUGCGACGGUCACUCCGAUUGCAGUGACGGCGACGACGAGGAGCAUUGCGACGGAAGUGGCUAUGAUAGCGAGGAAUGUCGCUUUGAUGAGUUCCAUUGCGGGACUGGUGAGUGCAUACCAAUGCGUCAGGUGUGCGAUAAUAUCUACGAUUGCAACGAUUAUUCCGAUGAGGUUAACUGCGUCGAAGACGAAGAGGAGGAUAGGGUGGGCAUACCCAUUGGCCACCAGCCGCGGAGGCCAGCGUCCAAGCACGACGAUUGGCUGCACGAAAUGGACGCCAGCGAGUACCAGGUGUACCAGCCGAGUAAUGCCUAUGAGAAGGCCAAUUCUCAAAAUCCAUGUGCAAGCAACCAAUUCCGCUGCACCACCUCCAAUGUUUGCAUCCCUCUGCACUUGCGGUGCGAUGGCUUCUAUCACUGCAAUGAUAUGAGCGACGAGAAGUCCUGCGAGCCGUAUCAGCGUCACACCACGACUCGACGCCCCUUGACCGCGGCCACGCCCCCCUCCAGAUUCACCACCCAGGGCCCGGGUCUUCUGGAGCGUCGCAAUACCACCAGAGCCACCGAAGCAUCGCGAUGGCCAUGGGCAACGAAAACGACAACAAUCGCGACCACGACUUCUAACCCAAUAACAACAGUUGGCGUAGCGAACAGCUCACCCCAGACAUGCCUCGAAAACAUCGAAUUCGCGUGCCACAAUCGCGAUUGCAUUUCGAUUGAGAGCGUCUGCGAUGGCAUCCCCGAUUGCGGACGCAAUGAAGACGAGGACGACGCUCUGUGCAAGUGCAGCGGCGACAAGUUCAAAUGCCAGCGCGGCGGAGGCUGCAUUCCGAAAUCCCAGGUGUGCGAUGGCAAACCUCAAUGCCACGACCGCAGCGAUGAGAGUGCAUGUCACCUCCAGGGAAGGUUGAAUAAGACUCGUUUGGGGGUCAAGUGCCUGGAGAGCCAGUAUCAAUGUGGCGAUGGAAGCUGCAUCUCCGGCUACAAGCGCUGCAAUGGCAUCCACGAUUGCGCCGAUGCAUCCGACGAGUACAACUGCAUCUAUGACUACGAAGACACCUACGACACCGACCCGAACAACAAUCCAUUGAAUGAAUGUGAUAUCCUUGAGUUUGAAUGUGACUACAGUCGGUGUUUGCCGCUAGAGAAGAAAUGCGAUGGCUACGCAGACUGCGAAGACAUGAGCGACGAGCUCGAAUGUCAGUCGUACACAGACCAUUGUCUAGAGUCUGAGUUCGAAUGCGAUAGCUACUGCCUGCCCCGCGAUCAGUUGUGCAACGGAAAUCCCAAUUGCCAAGAUGGCAGCGACGAGCGCAACUGCACCUUCUGCCGGGAAGACGCCUACCUUUGCAACACCGGCGAGUGCGUGGCCGAUAAUCAGAGAUGCAACGGCAUCGCCGAUUGCGCCGACGGCAGCGACGAGCGUCACUGCGAGACCAACAACCAUUAUCCCACACAAAAUGUGAAUGUUGUUCGACCAAAACUGGGCCCCAAUCCUAUACCAAAAUCCUGCCGCCCCCAUGAAUGGCAGUGUGCGAGUCUCGAGUGCAUCGAUCACAGUUUGCAGUGCAAUGACUUUAAGGAUUGCUCCGAUGGAUCCGAUGAGGACCUCAGCGUUUGCUUUGGCACCGCCACCACCCGACUCAAGCCCAGCGACUGCAGUCCGGACCAGUUCUUCUGCGAUGAGUCGUGCUACAAUCGCUCCGUUCGAUGCAAUGGGCACGUGGAAUGCUCAGAUGGCAGUGAUGAGGUGGGCUGUUCACUGCCAUGUCCGCAGCACCAGUGUCCCAGUGGCCGGUGUUAUACGGAAAGUGAACGAUGCGACCGGCACAGACACUGCGAGGACGGCUCCGAUGAGGCCAACUGCUGUUACGCAAACCAAUUCCGCUGCGACAAUGGUGACUGCGUUUCCGGAUCCGCUCCCUGCAACGGAUAUUCCGAGUGCAGUGAUCACUCCGAUGAGAUCCACUGUAGCGAAACCCCGAAGUGUAUGCCCAACCAAUUCCGCUGCAAUAACGGCCAGUGCGUGAGCUCCUCAGUGCGAUGCAACGGACGAACCGAUUGCCGUGAUAGCUCCGACGAGCAAAAUUGCGCCGCCGACAACAGCAAUGAUCGCAAAUCAAACCAACUGAAUCUCAAGACCUAUCCCGACAGCCAGAUCAUCAAGGAGAGUCGCGAGGUCAUCUUCCGUUGCCGAGAUGAAGGACCCGCCCGCGCCAAGGUCAAGUGGUCCCGCCCAGGCGGACGGCCUCUGCCACCUGGUUUCACCGAUCGGAACGGCCGCCUGGAGAUUCCCAACAUCAGGGUCGAGGAUGCCGGUACUUAUGUUUGCGAGGCUGUGGGCUAUGCCAACUAUAUUCCCGGCCAGCAGGUCACCGUCAACCUCAACGUCGAACGCUAUAACGACGUUGGAUCUCGUCCGGAAUCAGCCUGCACGGAAUAUCAGGCCACCUGCAUGAACGGCGAAUGUAUUGACAAGUCGUCCAUCUGUGACGGAAAUCCGGACUGUUCGGACGCCUCCGAUGAGCAAAGCUGCAGUUUGGGCCUCAAGUGCCAGCCUAACCAGUUCCUGUGCUCGAACUCCAAGUGCGUCGACCGCACCUGGCGAUGCGAUGGCGAGAAUGACUGCGGAGAUAAUUCCGAUGAGACCUCCUGCGAUCCGGAGCCAAGUGGCGCUCCCUGCCGCUAUAAUGAAUUCCAGUGUCGCAGUGGUCAUUGUAUACCCAAGAGCUUCCAGUGCGACAAUGUUCCUGAUUGCACGGACGGUUCCGAUGAAGUUGGAUGCAUGGCACCAUUGCCAAUCCGCCCUCCACCCCAAUCUGUUUUCCUGUUGGAGUACGAGGUGCUCGAGCUUACGUGUGUGGCCACCGGAACCCCCAUUCCCACAAUCGUGUGGCGUCUGAACUGGGGUCAUGUGCCCGAUAAGUGCGAGUCAAAGAGCUACGGUGGAACCGGAACACUUCGUUGUCCGGACAUGAGGCCGCAGGACAGUGGAGCUUACUCAUGCGAAAUUAUUAACACACGCGGCACCCACUUUGUGAACCCGGACACCAUUGUUACCGUUAGUCCCGUGCGUACAGAUGUGUGCGAGGCUGGAUUCUUCAAUAUGUUAGCCCGCAAAGCGGAGGAGUGCGUCCAGUGCUUCUGCUUCGGAGUAGCUAAGGCCUGCGACAGUGCCAACUUAUUUACGUAUGCCAUCCACCCGCCAAUCCUUUCACACCGCGUUGUCAGUGUUGAGCUGAGUCCACUUCGACAGAUUGUGAUCAAUGAGGCUGCUCCUGGCCAGGACCUGCUCACACUGCUCCAUGGCGUUCAGUUCAGGGCCACCAAUGUUCACUUCAGCGGUCGGGAGACGCCUUAUUUGGCCUUGCCCGCGGAGUACAUGGGCAACCAGCUAAAGUCUUAUGGCGGAAAUCUACGCUACGAGGUUAACUACCGAGGCAGCGGAAGACCCGUCAAUGGUCCAGAUGUAAUAAUCACUGGCAAUCGCUUUACACUGACUUAUCGAGUUCGCACUCAGCCGGAUCAAAACAACAGAGUGAGCAUUCCAUUCGUGCCAGGAGGUUGGCAAAAGCCCGAUGGUCGCAAGGCGUCGCGUGAGGAGAUCAUGAUGAUUCUGGCCAAUGUUGACAAUAUCCUGAUCCGACUCGGAUACCUGGAUAGCACCGCUCGUGAAGUGGAUCUUAUAAAUAUUGCCUUGGACUCGGCAGGCACUGCCGAUAAGGGACUGGGUAGUGCUUCUCUCGUGGAGAAGUGCUCGUGCCCACCUGGUUAUGUUGGUGAUUCUUGUGAGUCCUGUGCCUCCGGUUAUGUGAGACAGCCCGGUGGACCUUGGUUGGGUCACUGUGUGCCGUUCAUCCCUGAACCUUGCCCAUCUGGAACCUAUGGAGAUCCCCGCCGUGGUGUGCCCUGCAAGGAGUGUCCUUGUCCACUAACCGGCAGCAAUAACUUUGCCAGCGGCUGUCAACAAAGUCCUGAUGGCGACGUGGUUUGCCGAUGUAAUGAGGGCUACACAGGCAGGCGGUGCGAACAGUGCGCCGCCGGAUACCAGGGCAAUCCUUUUGCUCCGGGAGGAAUUUGCCGCAGAAUACCCGAUACUUCAUGCAACGUGGAUGGUACGUACUCCGUUCAUUCCAAUGGAACCUGCCAGUGCAAGGACAGCGUAAUUGGCGAACAGUGCGACACUUGCAAAUCAAAGAGUUUCCACCUCAAUUCGUUCACCUAUACCGGUUGCAUCGAGUGCUUCUGCAGCGGAGUGGGCUUGGACUGCGAUAGCAGCACGUGGUAUCGCGAUCAAGUAACGAGCACGUUCGGAAGAUCACGCGUCGAUCACGGAUUUGCUUUGGUUACUAACUAUAUGCAACCUACGCCAGACACCGUACCUUUCUCAAUGGCCGGAGAACCCAAUGCGUUAAGCUUUAUAGGAUCGGCUGAGCAAUCUGGAAAUACGCUCUACUGGAGUCUGCCAGCCGCCUUUUUGGGAAACAAACUUUCUUCAUAUGGAGGCAAGCUGACUUACACCCUAAGUUACAGUCCGCUGCCCAACGGCAUUAUGUCCCGGAACAGUGCCCCAGAUGUGGUGAUCAAGAGUGGCGAGGAUCUAAGGCUCAUCCAUUAUAGGAAAUCCCAGGUUGUCCCCAGUGUGGACAACACCUAUUCCGUGGAAAUCAAGGAAAGUGCCUGGCAGCGCGGCGACGAAGUGGUGGCCAACCGUGAGCACGUUCUGAUGGCACUUAGCGAUAUUACGGCCAUCUACAUAAAGGCCACAUACACCACUAGCACCAAGGAGGCCUCAUUGCGACAGGUGACUUUGGACGUUGCCACUCCCACGAACCUUGGCACUCCCCGUGCCGUCGAAGUUGAACAGUGCCGCUGUCCAGAAGGCUAUUUGGGUCUUUCUUGUGAGCAGUGCGCUCCUGGCUAUGCCCACGAUCCGGAGGAGGGAAUCUAUCUGGGACUCUGCAGGCCCUGUGAGUGCAAUGGACAUUCCAAAUAUUGCAACAGCGAUACCGGCGACUGCGAAGAAUGUGCUAACAACACUGAAGGACCUAGCUGUGAGCGAUGCGCCGCUGGAUAUGUGGGUGAUGCCACCCGUGGAACAAUUUAUGACUGCCAACCCGAUGAAGACUACCCGAUCCCGAUUAAUCCGGAACCCGGCAAUCACACUUUGCAAUGCACAGCCUAUUGCCAAAUAGAAGGCAUCUAUGAUUGCCGCGACAACGACUGCCUGUGCAAGAGGAACGUGAUUGGUGAUCGAUGCGACCAAUGCCGCCCUGGAACCUAUGGACUGUCAGCUCAAAAUCAGGAUGGCUGCAAAGAGUGCUACUGCUCUGGGUUGGCCAGCCAGUGUCGUUCGGCAGCCCUCUACCGCCAGCUAAUACCGGUCGACUUUAUUCUUAACGCACCAUUAAUUACAGACGAAAACGGAGUUGUCCAGGACACGGAAAACUUAAUUCCCGACAUAUCUAGGAAUAUGUACACCUACGCGUACACCUCCUAUCUGCCCAAGUACUGGAGUCUUAGGGGAAGUGUGCUGGGCAACCAGCUAUACUCGUACGGUGGCCGCCUGGCGUACAGUCUAAUAGUGGAGUCAUAUGGCAACUAUGAGCGUGGCCACGACGUCGUGCUUAUUGGCAAUGGAUUGAAGCUCAUCUGGUCGCGACCCGAAGGAAAUGAGAAUCAGGAGGAAUACAAUGUCCAACUGCACGAGGACGAGCAAUGGACCCGCCAGGAUCGCGAAUCGGCACGACUGGCUUCUCGGUCUGAUUUCAUGACUGUGCUGUCGGAUCUGCAGCACAUCCUGAUCCGAGCCACACCCAAAGUGCCCACACAACGUACUUCGAUCAGCAAUGUCAUUCUGGAGAGUGCGGUGACCACAAGGACGACAGAAGCAACGCAUGCUUCCGACAUCGAGUUGUGCCAGUGCCCAUCCGGAUACACGGGCACCUCUUGUGAAUCCUGCGCCUCUCUCCACUACCGCGAUGCCAGCGGAGCUUGCAGCAUGUGUCCUUGCGACGCUUCCAACACGGAGUCGUGUGACUUGGUCAGUGGCGGAUACGUUGAAUGUCGUUGCAAGCCACGUUGGAAGGGCGAUCGGUGUCGCGAGAUCGACACCAGCGAUCCAACGGAUAACAGUACCGACGAUCCCGUGCUCACCCAGAUUAUCGUGUCGAUUCAAAAGCCUGAGAUCACCAUUGUGCCAGUAGGCGGUUCCAUGACCCUCAGCUGUAGCGGUCGAAUGCGUUGGAGCAAUAGUCCAGUCAUUGUGAACUGGUACAAGGAGAACAGCCGCCUGCCAGAGAAUAUUGAAGUCCAAGGCGGAAAUCUGUAUCUGUACGACCUGCAGAUCAGCGAUUCUGGAGUCUACAUCUGCCAGGCCGUCAACAAUGAAACCGCCAGCGUGUUUAAGGACACCGUAUCCAUUACCAUAACCAAGAAGGACCAGCUCUCACCGGCUGAGAUUGUGAAUUUACCGAGCCACGUUACAUUUGAGGAAUACGUGAGCAAUGAGAUCAUCUGCGAAGUACUUGGCAACCCAGCACCCAGAGUCACCUGGGCGCGAGUGGAUGGCCAUGCGGAUGCCCAAAGUACCCGGACAUACGACAACCGCUUGAUCUUCAACUCGCCAAGGAAAUCGGACGAAGGUCGCUAUCGCUGCCAGGCGGAAAAUGAACAGAACCGCGAUGAGAAGUACGUGAUCGUCUAUGUCCAGAGCAAUCCGCCCCAGCCGCCGCCGCAACAGGAUCGCUUGUACAUCACACCGGAGGAGAUUAAUGGCCUGGCCGGCGAGUCCUUCCAGUUGAAUUGCCAAUUCACAAGUGUUGCCUCUCUGCGCUACGAUUGGUCGCACAAUGGUCGCUCCUUGUCCUCUUUGCCCGCGCGAAAUGUUCAGAUCCGAGGCAACACCCUGGAAGUUCGCGAAGCCAGCGAAAGCGACUCCGGCAUCUACACCUGUGUGGCCUAUGACGUCCGCACCCGCCGCAACUUCACCGAAAGCGCCCGUGUUAACAUCGACCAACGCGAGGUACAACCAUUUGGCAACAAACCGGUCAUCGAGAGCUUGGAGCAGAAUAUCCUGAUCAUCCAGGGCGAGGACUAUAGCAUCACCUGCGAGGCGAGUGGAUCGCCAUAUCCAUCGAUCAAGUGGGCCAAGGUGCACGACUUCAUGCCCGAAAAUGUGCACAUCAGUGGCAACGUGCUGACCAUCUAUGGAGCACGAUUCGAGAAUCGUGGUGUGUACUCCUGCGUUGCCGAAAAUGACCACGGAUCCGAUUUGUCCAGCACAAGUAUCGACAUUGAACCCCGGGAGCGGCCGAGUGUAAAGAUUGUAUCGGCGCCCCUGCAAACAUUUUCGGUUGGCGCUCAGGCAUCCCUCUACUGCAGGGUAGAGGGAAUUCCCGAUCCGACCAUCGAAUGGGUUCGUGUGGACGACCAACCGCUGUCGCCGCGUCACAAGAGCCAGUCACCCGGCUACAUGAUGAUCGACGAUAUCCAGCUCGAGGACAGCGGCGACUACGAGUGUCGCGCAAAGAACAUAGUUGGCGAGGCGACCGGCGUUGCCACCAUUACCGUCCAGGAGCCAACUCUCGUCCAGAUAUUGCCCGACAACAGGGAUAUUAGGCUCACGGAGGGCGAUGAACUCUCACUGACCUGCGUGGGCAGCGGCGUCCCAAGCCCGGAAGUCGAAUGGGUUAAUGAAAUGGACUUGAAACGAGAUCUCUACAGCCCCCCGAGCAAUGAAGCGAUCCUGAAAAUCUAUCGAGUGACCAAGGCGGAUGCAGGCAUAUACACCUGCCAUGGCAAAAAUGAGGCGGGUAGCGAUGAAGCUUACGUUCGCGUGGAGGUCAAGGAACGGCGCGGAGAUAUCGGAGGAGUUGAUGAUGAUUCCGACCGGGAUCCCAUAAUCCAAAAUCCGGCACAACCACAACACCCUGGCAUCCAACAGCCGGGCAGCAACCAACUCCUGGCCACCGACUUUGGCGACAAUGUGACCCUGACCUGUGACGUGUUCCAAACCCUGAACACGAGCUGGGAACGCGUCGACGGAGCACCACUGCCCCGAAAUGCCUACAGGAUUAGAAACAGGCUGGAGAUUGUGCGCGUGGAACAGCAAAAUCUGGGCCAGUACCGCUGCAAUGGAAUCGGUAGCGAUGGCAACGUUAAGGCCUAUUUCGUUAAAGAGCUGGUCCUUCUGCCCCUGCCCCGAAUCAGGUUCUACCCGAAUAUCCCGCUGACCGUGGAUGUGGGUCAGAACUUGGAUGUGCACUGUCAAGUGGAAAACGUGAAUCCGGAGGACGUCCAUUGGAGUACCGACAACAAUCGACCACUGCCCAGUUCGGUUCGCAUUGUGGGCAGCGUCCUGCGCUUCGUGUCCAUCACACAGGCGGCUGCCGGUGAAUACCGCUGCUCUGCCUUCAACCAAUAUGGAAACCGAUCGCAGAUCGCAAGAGUGGCGGUGAAGAAGCCCGCCGACUUCCAUCAGGUUCCUCAGUCCCAGUUGCAACGGCACCGCGAGGGCGAAAACAUCCAACUGCGAUGCAGUGUGACCGAUCAAUAUGGCGUAAAGGCUCAAGGCAAUGUUGUGUUCAACUGGUUCCGCGACGACAGAAGACGCCUGACGAACAACCCCCGUACGGAUAGCCAGGUCCUGGAGCUGACCAAUUUGCGACCCGAGGAUGCGGGUCGCUACAUCUGCAACUCGUACGUCGAGGACCCUUGGCAGAUACUGCCCGAAGUGUCCAUCGACUUGCAAGUACUAACCCGGGAGCGGCCGAGUGUAAAGAUUGUAUCGGCGCCCCUGCAAACAUUUUCGGUUGGCGCUCAGGCAUCCCUCUACUGCAGGGUAGAGGGAAUUCCCGAUCCGACCAUCGAAUGGGUUCGUGUGGACGACCAACCGCUGUCGCCGCGUCACAAGAGCCAGUCACCCGGCUACAUGAUGAUCGACGAUAUCCAGCUCGAGGACAGCGGCGACUACGAGUGUCGCGCAAAGAACAUAGUUGGCGAGGCGACCGGCGUUGCCACCAUUACCGUCCAGGAGCCAACUCUCGUCCAGAUAUUGCCCGACAACAGGGAUAUUAGGCUCACGGAGGGCGAUGAACUCUCACUGACCUGCGUGGGCAGCGGCGUCCCAAGCCCGGAAGUCGAAUGGGUUAAUGAAAUGGACUUGAAACGAGAUCUCUACAGCCCCCCGAGCAAUGAAGCGAUCCUGAAAAUCUAUCGAGUGACCAAGGCGGAUGCAGGCAUAUACACCUGCCAUGGCAAAAAUGAGGCGGGUAGCGAUGAAGCUUACGUUCGCGUGGAGGUCAAGGAACGGCGCGGAGAUAUCGGAGGAGUUGAUGAUGAUUCCGACCGGGAUCCCAUAAUCCAAAAUCCGGCACAACCACAACACCCUGGCAUCCAACAGCCGGGCAGCAACCAACUCCUGGCCACCGACUUUGGCGACAAUGUGACCCUGACCUGUGACGUGUUCCAAACCCUGAACACGAGCUGGGAACGCGUCGACGGAGCACCACUGCCCCGAAAUGCCUACAGGAUUAGAAACAGGCUGGAGAUUGUGCGCGUGGAACAGCAAAAUCUGGGCCAGUACCGCUGCAAUGGAAUCGGUAGCGAUGGCAACGUUAAGGCCUAUUUCGUUAAAGAGCUGGUCCUUCUGCCCCUGCCCCGAAUCAGGUUCUACCCGAAUAUCCCGCUGACCGUGGAUGUGGGUCAGAACUUGGAUGUGCACUGUCAAGUGGAAAACGUGAAUCCGGAGGACGUCCAUUGGAGUACCGACAACAAUCGACCACUGCCCAGUUCGGUUCGCAUUGUGGGCAGCGUCCUGCGCUUCGUGUCCAUCACACAGGCGGCUGCCGGUGAAUACCGCUGCUCUGCCUUCAACCAAUAUGGAAACCGAUCGCAGAUCGCAAGAGUGGCGGUGAAGAAGCCCGCCGACUUCCAUCAGGUUCCUCAGUCCCAGUUGCAACGGCACCGCGAGGGCGAAAACAUCCAACUGCGAUGCAGUGUGACCGAUCAAUAUGGCGUAAAGGCUCAAGGCAAUGUUGUGUUCAACUGGUUCCGCGACGACAGAAGACGCCUGACGAACAACCCCCGUACGGAUAGCCAGGUCCUGGAGCUGACCAAUUUGCGACCCGAGGAUGCGGGUCGCUACAUCUGCAACUCGUACGUCGAGGACCCUUGGCAGAUACUGCCCGAAGUGUCCAUCGACUUGCAAGUACUAAGAGCUCCCCAGUAUCCUUACAAUCGGUUCAAGGGCGGUGUCUCCCUGAAGGACACGCCCUGCAUGGUUCUGUAUAUUUGUGCAGACUUCAAGAGCAGCAAACUCUCGCCCGCGAAACCUAUCAUUUCCGGACCAACCACCACUCGGGCUCCAGCCAUCUCGUACGUCUGCCAACCCAACGACUUCAAGUGCGUUUCGCAUCCGCACACUUGCGUCAGAGCCAACAUGGUGUGCGAUGGGAUUUACGACUGUACGGAUCACUCUGACGAGUUCAACUGCAUCGGCGGCAAGGGAAGCGGCAAAUCAGGAUCCGACUCGGGAUCGGGGAGCUUUAAGCGCUGGAAGAAGAGCCCAGAGAAAGGAAGGAGGAGCCCGGCGAAGGCCGUUAAGGAAUGGAAGCUGAGGAAGCGCAGCUUCGCGGCUACCCCGCCACCCAACAGCCCCAUCUACCUGCCGCCGCAGUUGCCAGCAAAGAGCCGCGACUACAGCCUCAAACUGGACGAGCAGUCCUCGAACCUGCGAGCGGGUGAAUCCACCGACGUCGAGUGCUACUCCUCCGAUGACACCUACACAGACGUGGUGUGGGAACGCUCUGACGGGGCUCCACUCAGCAAUAAUGUCAGGCAAGUGGGAAAUCAUCUGGUGAUCAGUAAUGUGGCGCCAAGCGAUGCCGGUAACUACGUCUGCAAGUGCAAGACGGACGAAGGUGAUCUGUACACCACCAGCUAUAAACUGGAGGUCGAGGAUCAGCCUCUUGAACUCAAGAGCUCCAAGAUAGUUUACGCCAAGGUGGGCGCCAAUGCCGAUUUGCACUGCGGGGCCGAUGAAAGUCGACAGCCCACCUACCGCUGGUCUCGCCAAUACGGACAUCUUCAAGCGGGACGCAGUCUAAUGAACGAGAAACUGUCCCUGGACAGUGUGCAGGCAAACGAUGCCGGUACGUAUAUUUGCACCGCUCAAUACGCCGAUGGUGAGACUGCGGACUUCCCCAAUAUCCUGGUUGUGACUGGGGCCAUUCCCCAGUUCCGGCAGGAACCUCGCAGCUACAUGAGCUUCCCCACGCUGCCAAACUCUUCGUUUAAGUUCAACUUCGAGCUGACCUUCCGACCGGAAAACGGCGACGGUCUCCUACUGUUCAACGGACAAACUCGCGGAAGUGGCGACUACAUCGCACUUUCGCUCAAGGAUCGCUAUGCGGAGUUCCGCUUUGACUUUGGUGGUAAGCCAAUGCUGGUGCGAGCUGAGGAACCACUGGCGCUGAAUGAGUGGCACACGGUUCGUGUGAGUCGCUUCAAGAGGGAUGGAUACAUCCAGGUGGACGAACAACAUCCGGUGGCCUUCCCCACCCUGCAGCAGAUACCCCAACUGGAUCUGAUCGAAGAUCUGUAUAUCGGCGGAGUGCCCAACUGGGAGCUCCUGCCCGCCGAUGCUGUUAGCCAGCAAGUUGGCUUCGUGGGCUGCAUCAGUCGCUUAACUCUGCAAGGACGCACCGUGGAACUGAUCCGUGAGGCGAAGUACAAAGAGGGCAUCACGGACUGCCGGCCAUGUGCGCAGGGACCUUGCCAAAAUAAGGGAGUCUGCUUGGAGAGCCAGACCGAGCAGGCCUACACCUGCAUUUGCCAGCCGGGUUGGACUGGAAGGGAUUGUGCCAUUGAGGGCACCCAGUGUACGCCCGGAGUCUGUGGCGCCGGACGCUGCAAGAAUACGGAGAACGACAUGGAGUGCCUGUGCCCACUGAACCGAUCCGGGGAUCGAUGCCAAUAUAAUGAGAUCUUAAAUGAGCACAGUCUCAACUUUAAGAGCAACAGCUUUGCGGCCUAUGGAACUCCUAAAGUCACCAAGGUCAAUAUAACGCUCUCCGUACGUCCGGCAAGUUUGGAGGACUCCGUGAUUUUGUAUACUGCAGAAUCGACUCUGCCCAGCGGCGAUUACCUGGCACUGGUACUGCGUGGUGGUCACGCGGAGCUCUUAAUAAAUACGGCGGCUCGAUUGGAUCCCGUGGUAGUGCGAUCUGCUGAGCCACUGCCCCUGAACCGCUGGACAAGAAUUGAGAUCAGACGUCGCCUGGGCGAAGGAAUCCUACGGGUGGGCGACGGACCAGAGCGAAAGGCCAAGUCCCCAGGCUCAGAUCGAAUUUUGUCCCUUAAGACGCACCUCUAUGUGGGCGGCUACGAUCGCUCCACGGUCAAGGUCAAUCGGGACGUGAACAUCACGAAGGGCUUCGAUGGCUGCAUCUCCAGGCUAUACAACUUCCAAAAACCUGUCAAUCUCCUAGCGGACAUCAAGGAUGCGGCAAAUAUUCAGAGUUGUGGGGAGACUAAUAUGAUUGGAGGCGACGAGGAUAGCGACAAUGAGCCACCAGUUCCGCCUCCAACUCCAGAUGUUCACGAGAACGAACUUCAACCAUAUGCGAUGGCACCGUGCGCCAGCGAUCCAUGUGAAAACGGAGGAAGCUGCAGUGAGCAGGAGGACGUGGCCGUAUGCUCCUGUCCUUUCGGAUUCAGUGGCAAGCACUGUCAGGAACACCUCCAACUGGGCUUCAAUGCCUCGUUCCGAGGCGAUGGGUACGUUGAGCUGAAUCGAAGCCACUUCCAACCUGCUUUGUGGCAAUCCUACACUUCUAUGGGCAUCGUCUUCACCACCAACAAGCCGAACGGUCUGCUGUUCUGGUGGGGACAAGAGGCCGGAGAGGAGUACACCGGACAGGACUUCAUAGCUGCCGCAGUGGUGGAUGGCUAUGUGGAGUACUCCAUGAGGCUCGAUGGCGAGGAGGCGGUGAUCCGGAACAGUGAUAUCCGCGUAGACAAUGGGGAGCGGCACAUUGUGAUCGCUAAGCGGGACGAAAACACCGCCAUUCUAGAGGUCGAUCGCAUGCUGCAUUCGGGCGAAACCCGACCCACCAGCAAAAAGUCGAUGAAGCUGCCGGGCAAUGUUUUUGUCGGGGGCGCUCCUGACCUCGAGGUGUUUACGGGUUUCCGAUACAAGCACAAUUUGAACGGCUGCAUUGUGGUCGUCGAGGGCGAAACUGUGGGCCAAAUUAAUCUUAGUUCUGCUGCCGUUAACGGAGUGAAUGCCAACGUCUGUCCCGCUAACGACGAUCCACUGGGAGGAACCGAACCGCCAGUCGUCUGAGGACACAACCAACAACCGAAACUAGCUUUUUAAUUAAACAUUAACAAAUGAAACAAAACGAACAACAAUUUUUAUAUAUACAACAUAUGCAUAAGCCUAAGGAAAUCCACAAAAAUUGAAUAUUAUAUCACUUACACAUAUUAUAAAGAACAAAAACAAAAGAGAAACGAACACUUCAACUACAAUUGCUUCUUCGAUCCUUAAGUCUAAGUUAAAGAUUGUAGCAAGGAAAAAUGCGAAAAUAUCACAAACAUUUAUUUAACAAAAACGCCAUGCAAGAAGUGAAACGAAACAGAUAAAAUAAUGCAACUAAUGCAAAUAAUACAGAAAAUACAGUUAAAGCCUAGAACCCUAAGAACUUACUAACUAACUCGAGCAACAACAACGCAUACUAGCCAACUGCAACCACAAAAUCCACAAUAGUGAAGGCAUUUUAAUUAUAAUUUUAGUCUCUAGCUUAUACCUAUGACUAAGACUCUUUUUUUGACAGCCCAGUGUAAAAAAGUUGGAGAUCGCAAAUUGGCCCUACACACACACAAGACCACGUUAUUAAUUAAAAAGAAAAAACCAAUUGAUAAUAUACCUACAUAUAAUGAUAAAUGAAUUACUAAGAAUGCAACUAUUGUGAACGAGUGAUUAAAAAGUGGAGUGGAUAAAAGCAAAUGCAGAAGAUAUAUUCAAAUGAAAAUCAACAACAGUC